AUGGAGUCUACCUCAGAUGAACAGAAGAUGAUGAUCAAUGAGCCUCUCUUGAAAAAAACCCCAAAGGGUGGCUUCAGAACCAUGCCAUUCAUCAUAGCAAACGAGGCAUUUGAGAAGGUGGCAAGCUAUGGUUUAACACCCAAUAUGAUACUGUAUUUGAUGAGAGAGUAUCAUAUGGAAAUGGCAACUGGGUCCAACAUUCUCUUUCUCUGGUCAGCAGCCACCAAUUUCCUACCGGUUGUGGGGGCUUUGCUUGCGGAUUCUCUGAUGGGUCGGUUCUGGAUGAUCGCAUUCGGCUCUGUUAUUAGCUUUCUGGUAAAAUUCCCAUUACAAAAUUUCAUAGUUUGACUGAGAUUUCCAAAGAAAUUGUUGUCCUUCGCUUCGAUUCCCAAUCUGGUUUUCUUCCCCUUUCUUCUUGGUCACCAAACAUUUUCAUAAGUUCUAUUUUCAGUGUUACUUUUAGAAUAUUGACAACGUUGUCCCUUG